AUGGGAGACUGGAAUUUCCUCGGAGGCAUUUUAGAGGAGGUCCACAUCCAUUCUACUAUUAUUGGAAAGAUUUGGCUAACGAUCCUCUUCAUAUUUCGAAUGCUUGUCCUUGGAGUGGCAACCGAGGAUGUUUGGAACGAUGAGCAAUCAGAAUUUAUAUGCAAUACCGAGCAACCUGGUUGCAGAAAUGUGUGCUAUGAUGAGGCCUUUCCCAUCUCUCUCAUAAGAUACUGGGUCUUGCAAGUUAUAUUUGUGUCUUCCCCUUCCUUGGUGUACAUGGGUCAUGCCUUAUACAGACUAAGAGUCUUGGAAAAAGAGAGGCAAAAAAAGAAAGCUCAGGUAAAGGUGGAACUUGAAAGCACCAAAUUAGAAAUGACUGAAGAUCGUAAAAGGCUGGAGAGAGAACUCCGGCAAUUGGAUCAAAGAAAGCUAAAUAAAGCACCCCUGAGAGGCUCUUUGCUCUGCACUUACGUGAUACAUAUUUUCACACGGUCUGCAGUGGAAGUCGGUUUUAUGAUUGGGCAGUAUCUCCUUUAUGGCUUUCAUCUAGAUCCCCUUUAUAAAUGUCAGAGAGAUCCAUGUCCAAACACAGUUGACUGCUUUGUAUCUAGACCAACAGAAAAGACAGUCUUUAUAUUAUUCAUGCAGUCAAUAGCGACUGUAUCAUUGCUUUUAAAUAUCCUGGAAAUUAUCCACUUAGGAUUCCGAAAAAUUAAAAUAGGACUCUGUGAGCAGAAUAAAAACAAGGACGACUCUGACAAUUUCCACAUAAACACAUCUAAGAAAUACUCUGUGAUACCGCAAUCUUCUUUCGGAAUACCCACCACCCCUCAGAAAACUCUUCCUUGUGCACUUAGCAGUUAUACCUUUUUAAUGGAAAAGCAAACAGACACUACCGUCUACCCGGUUCUAAUUUCUCCUUCUCUGUUUCAGUCUGUGCAAAAUAAUCAUACAGAAAGCAGCAGUAAUUACACCCAUUGCAAUCAGGAGAAUAAAUUGCCAAAGAAGAGGCCAACUACAAAUGCCUUAGACAAUCAGACUCAAAAUACCAGCAUGAAUAAUAACGAGGGUUUUCUUGGUGAGCUUGGGACUGAAGCGCAUGAUGCACAAAAAGAGGCCGAAAAGAAACAUUUCCUUGUUGUUACUCAGAAUGCAGAUAUGGCUUCAAACAUGUGUUUGAGAAGCUUUACUGACAUGCCAUCUCAAACUUCACUGCAACCCAAUACAACUUUUCCUUGUACCUGUUUUAGGCAACAGCAAGGAAUUGGUUCGUCUUGGAACUGCUCAGCAACGGUUGAGAGCGCAGGAGCUUUGACAAAUUCUCUUCCAAAAAACAGCAACAGAAGACAAAGCAGUUUCAGUGCAAAUAACGCCCAAACUCCUUACAAUACUGACGUAAAAAAUUUUAGCCGACCAGACACUCCUGACUCUACAGAGAAGGUGAGCUCAGAAUCUACACAAAGUAGAAACUGGAAUAGUCCUAAGCUUUACUCUCUGUCCAGGCAACUGUCACUGUCAAGUAAUGCCAGCAGCAGGCGUGCCCCUACUGAUCUUCAAAUAUAGUGGGAGUUAAGCCAUCAAUGCUGGAAUAAUUACUGAACAAGGAGACAUAAGCAAGACCUGUGUGUAAGAGUAGCUAAAUCAUUCAACUUUAACCAGCUUUUUCACAUAGAUAGAAAAGUUGUGUAACCCUUUGAACAGUAGCUAAGUGACUUUUAAACAGUCCCUUUACUUCCUUUGUAAAGAAAAUGUGGCAUAGACCUCAGUGUAUAAACUUCUACACUCCUUCCAGCUAAAAAGGAAAACAUACUCCCUCUAAGUCCACAUAUUAGGAGAAGUCUGGCAUAAAAUCACAGAUGAUAAUACUAUUUAAACUGAAUAAAAGUAGGAGAAAAAAUUUAGAGUCUAACAAUAUCUUUUACAAAGACCAGUAAAUGAAAUUAGGCUAAAGGUGGCACUGGCGCUCUCAGAAAAACUUUUUGGUAAACGUGUUUCCACUUACUCUGAGAAUUCAGACUUUUGAUAGCUGUCUGAAAGCAGAAUGUCAAACAUAUCCCACUCUUCAAACUGUGUUAAAUACAAAAAGAACAAAACAUUUGAUAUACUGAUCACUAAUUCUUUGACUCCAUGGUACACUUUCUUUUUCAGUGUAUCACCACUGACUUCCUCAGCAGAAAAAUCAAAGUGAAUUUCUUUUACUAUUAGAGUUCAAUACACUAUUACAUUUUUAAAGCAUCAUGAAUUGCAAACAAGCUGUGAGCUUUAAUUUUGACAUUUUGCAUAACACUAAAAAGAUAGCAAUUUUUUUUUUAAAUCAGAAAACAUGUUACUGAAAUUUAUUAAUCAGAAAUUUUGAAUUUCACAAACCAGAAGGCUUACUAUGGAAAAUAGGGAAAAAAAAAAAAGAGAGAGAGGAAAAAAAAAGUAAAUACAGUAGUACAUUCCUGCCUUCAGUUACAAUGUCAAAAGACAUAUAAAAGGUUUAUCAAAUUGUAAAACUACUCCCUUUCUGUUGUCUUUCCCUCAAAUUCUGACAAACUUUUAAAUCAAACAAAGCUUAUACUUGUUUAGAAGGAGCAUUUUUGUUUAUGCUUCUUAUGGGGGUAGUAAGACAUUAAGGAUAUUCAUUCACUUGCUGCUCCGGUCCAUACAGUAUAAUGGAAGUUCCAAGAAAUACCUUGAAAUAGUAAAGGAGGCAAAGAUGAACAAAAUACUAUGUUACAUUUGUAAUAGAGCUUUCUAUGUAUGAAAUACAUUUACUUGAGUCGCACAGCACUGACAGGCUGUAAAUACUUGGUGAGGUGGUCACAGCUGAGAUGCAUUAGUGUAUACACAUGGUUUUUUUACUAGUGGAUGGGAUUUACUGUGCAUGUACUGGAAAAAUAUUUUGAGAUGUUUCAUCAUGAUGUUACAGCAUAAUUAAAUCCUUUAAGGUGCAUUGUUAUUGUGCUUACCAGACAGCCAUGCUUCAGAGUGGCUGAAAAGCUGUACAAUACUAGAAAAAAAGAAGCCUGAAAACCUAAAAAGCUCUUUUGGCCCUGUCCACGUACGAAACACACAUUAGUACUAUUACAACUAUUCACUGUAAAUUUCUCUCAGCAGGUAUCCUUUUCACCUCAUAUCGUUCUGUGUGUGUACAUAAAUACAGCCCUACAUAAUUCUGUUUACACUGUAAAAUUUAACAUUGUGUAAUAUACUGAAAUGCACAUAAAUGUAUAGCCCGAUUUAGGCCAGUUAAUACUGCUACUGUGGCUUUAACUCUUGCAUUUCUUGAUGCAUAAGAUUCUGCGGGUGAUAACUGCUAAUGCUUGUUUUGCAUUUAAUGUCUCUGUAAUAAAAAGCCUAGUAUUUAAUGCACUCCGGUCCCACUGCCAAAUAAUAACAAGUUAGCAUUUAGAUGCUUACAUAUGGGAUAUGACAUUUGCAUUUCUGUUGUUCAAGAUGAGUUACAAAAGAAUUUGUUUUUCUGCUGCUGAGAGCAGAAUUUUAUUAACUUUUUUUUUCUGGACAAGGGUCAAAUAUUUCAUUUCAUCACAGCACCUUGCCAACAGAGAAGUGUAACUUAAUUCCAGUGAAAACUGAAGACGUUGCAGAAGAGCACAGAGUAGAAGUAUGAAAAGACCCUAACAUCACAGGUGCAAGAUCAUUUGGUUGUUUCUUUUUUUUUUUUUUUUAACUUCUAUAAUAAACAGAUUUUAUCUGUCAGUAGAUACCAGAGACUUUCACAAAAAUA